GGCACUUAAAUAUUCCCGCGCGAUUUCUUUCAGCGCUUGUGCAAACCGUGUAAACAACAACCUUUCUUCGCUGGACCUUCGAGAUCUCUCUCACAAUGACAAGAACAGAAGAGGACGUCCAGAAGUACCUGGAGCGAGCAAAACUGGAAGCAGAUGACUUGAUGCCCCUUACCCAAUCACUUUACUUCUCGGACGAUUCCAGCGAUGACCUCAUAUUGAUGGAAGUCGGCACCGACAUGCUGAGGAGCUUGAAGGAUGGUGAAAAGCUUGUUUUCAGAGGACAAGAGGAUGACGCUGUGGUAGCUUGCACGAGCGAACAUACAUUUGAGGUACGCGAAGCCGACAUCUCCAACUCGCUGCUUCUGGUAGCAGACCUUGGCCUGCCGACCGACAUCACGUCAAACAAUGAUGGGACCAGGCAAAUUUGCUCUCGUCAGGUUUCUCGUUCGUUCCACGAUUACCUGGAGCUGAGGCCCUGCUGUCCACGCCUGAGAAAGCUGGUGCAGCUCUUGCGGGAACGCCCUUACAGGGGCUCGGAAUACGAAGACAACGACAACCGCUCGAAGUACACGUUCGGCGACAUUCUGGACGAAGUACAGGCGAGCGAGGCCGAGCUGAGACAGGCCAUCGAGGAACUCCCCGUCGUGGAGAUCGACGGCUUCUACCGGCUCCUGGAGCUGGAGUACCACUUCCGAGUGCAGAACUUCAUCGUCAACUACAUCGAGGCGGAGUCCCUUCCAAUGAGCCGCAUUCCGGCCGGGGAAGUUGUGGACAAGGUCUCGGAGUUGGAACCCAGGGAAAUUGUGGCCGAAGUAUUUCGGCGCUGCACGACGCCAAACGAAGGUGACGAGUUCUACAGCCUGAACUACGACGUCAUCUGCAGGACCACGGCCGAGACGCUCCUGCGCACCGUUGGCAAAUUCAACCUGUCCGAGUUCCUCGAAGUCUGGCAGAACAGCGUUCCCGAGGGACUGCGCACGGACAUGAGGCAGUUGGAAGGGCUUGCAUUGACGGACAACAGUUCCAUACCCAAGUCGAUCUACCUGUUCGACAAGUGGGACCUGCCGGAAGACGCGACGGAAAGGUUCGACCAUCUGUUUAGAGCCAAGAGGACGUGGGGGUUCGACGAAAUACGGCCAUACAUAGCGGACCUGUGUGUUGGCGGCCAGAAAACUGACGUGGAUGCCCUGCUGAUGAAGCACGUCCGUGCCGCAAUGCAGAGCGGGGCACGGACGUACACUGCCAAGCGACCUGUCCGAUAGAAGUUCUGCUACGACAGAAGCCCCGGCUACACCUCCCAUCAUCGACGUGUUUGAAGAACAAGCAUCGCUCUCGGUCGGUGUUGAGCUGGUGUCAAGCCGAGGGACCGUUCCACACCUUGUUCGCAAAUAUUGUGUGCUUUAACAGAAAUGUGAGCCAACCUCACAAUGCUUCCAUGUCAAGAACUAUACUUUGUUUCACUUCCAAGUCCAGACGCAGCUAACGCUACAAACUGAAGGAACCAAUCGUACAGUGUCAAAAGUGCACCAAUGAGGUGUUCGUCCUGUUUCUAUACAUGCUCUAUCAUUGCUGAACCGAUCAUGUACAGGGAAGGCUGAGUGAAUUGUGCUUUUGACGUUGUUUGAUUCGUCCCAUCAGCUCGUAGCGUUGGCUACAUCUUGACGUAAGGUGAAGUAUAGCAACAAAUGCACCAACAAACAAAACAGUGCGUGAGCCGAACUGGUUGAAUGUUCCUUUUACAGAAUUCAGCUUUUAAAAUUUACCUGUCCCCAUGCCUUUGUCUCUUUUAUGCCGUUGUGGUUGUAUCGACGAUACGACUACCUGGUUUCUGCGUGGUGUUGCGAUUUAGUUAAUGGCGAUGGUGUUGCACGCUUGCAAGGUGCCAGAUUUGAAUGUUAUGUUCAAUCUUUCAAAGUGCCUAUACUUUUAUAUUUUUCAUUUGUUGUACCUAACAUGUACCAACUAGCCCAAGUUUAGUAUGCCUUGCUGCUUGUGAAAAUGUUUGUUGUCUGGAAACAGCCCAAGAUCGAGAGAGAAAAAAAAAAAAAGAAAGUGCCCAACUCCAGCAUUUUUUUUUUAAGUUUUUUUUGUGCGAGUUAGUUUCCUUUGGUGGCUUUUGAGGCCAAGUGAGCUUUGGUUGCACAAACACAGCCAAAGCAUCACUGAGAAGCUUGCACCAGAGGAGGGCCCAUCAUAUUUUCCUUAUCUGUAAUCAAACACCUACUCAUUUGUGUCGACUACUUUUGCAGUCCCCUAAUUGCUUCCUUUGUCUGUGGUAAUAAACAAGAAUAAUAUCAAACUGGCAUUCAGAAAACAAUCGUGUUCUUCACUGUCAAUUUUGGAAUUUGAGUGUGAUUUUGGUUGACAUCUCCUUUUCGCAAAGGAACAAAAAUGUCCUUCUUUUCACAACCAAAGAAAGUGGGUCAAUAAAAAUUAGGCACUGGUAAUUCACAAAGAUGGCCGGCAGUUUUGACUGGUGUUAUGUGGUCCCUGUCACAAUUACCUACAGUGAUUGUACGGAGCGCAUUUUCUAUCGCCACAGAGACUACCGCAAGAUACCAAAGAAGUGCUCACCCCACUUUCACUGAAAACUGGGUUAACCUAGGCAUGGGCACUAGUCCUCUCAAAUCGGGCGCAUCAUUUUCAGAAUUCCAAGGUUUGGAAAAUGUUAAUAGUGGGUGCUUUCACAGUAUUUUAGGGUAGUACCGAGAGAUUUGGGCAAAAGACCGUCACCUCCGAGUCUAUGUGAAGAAACAGUUUAACCCAAUUCCUGCAAAAUGGAUUCAGGUCUACCUAAAAACGAAGAACCAUACUCAUACGGCACGCGUCAUGCGCAUGCGGCUACACGUCUGGGACAAAGUAUGCAAGAAA